AUGGCGACUCUUCAGCCGCCAGUAGAGUAUGUAGAUGUACUCGUGGUAGGUGGAGGACCGGUGGGCCUCAUAACCGCCUACCAACUCGCACGUAACCUCCCCCAACCUACCCACCGCAUCAAAAUCAUCGAGCAAUACCCAAAAUCCUCCCAAGACAACUAUGGUCGCGCCAUCACCCUCUUCCCCCGCAGCUCCGAGAUGCUUGACCAGCUUGGUCUUGCUGAUUCACUUGCGCAACAGUGUUUUGCGUGCCGCGAGACAGUCAACUACGACAAAUAUGGCAACGAGGUCGAAGGAAGAGGCUGGGCGUUCAUGCAGAACAUGAAGGACACAAAGUGGGACUUUGCACUGGUGCUACGGCAGAAAUACCAGGAAGAGGUGUUUAGGAAAGCGUUGACGAGAGAGGGCGUCCAACUCGAUGCGCCGUAUACAUUAGUGGGUGUUGAGGUGAUACAAGGGGUUGAGAUGGGCGGCCACAGGGUGCUGGCUACCAUCAAACAUGGCUCGACCAAGGCUAAGAGCGUGGUCAAGUGUCGAUAUCUUGUCGGCGCAGACGGCGGUCGAUCAUUUGUACGGCGAGCUAUGAACAUCCCCUUUGACGGCUCCUCGAGCGAAGACAAAUGGGUUCGCGUUGACGGCGUCAUCGAAACCGACCUCCCCAAGCCACGAACCUACUGCGCCAUCGAAUCACCUACCCACGGAAAUGUCCUCUGGGCCGCGCUAGACCGAGGCGCAACGCGCAUCGGCUUCGCAUUCACAGCCGAGCGCCAGAAAGCGUAUAAAGUCUUCGACGAAGCUGCCGCUGUGAAAGAAGCCAUUGCAUCUGUUAAGCCAUUCAACCUUUCAUUUAAACAAGUAGACUGGUGGACUAUCUACGUCGUCGGGCAGCGCAUCGCCCGUUCCUUCUUCGUAGACGACUCUAUCUUCCUCGCUGGUGACGCAUGCCAUACGCACAGUUCGGGCGCAGCGCAAGGCAUGAACACCGGCAUGCACGAUGCUGUAAACCUAGGCUGGAAACUCUCCCUCGUCCUCCGGGGUCUUGCUAAACCGGACCUCUUGCAUUCGUACGAAGCGGAACGGCUGCCUAAUGUACAGCGGUUGAUUAAUUAUGACAAGGAAAUUUCGCGCCUCAUGACAAUGCAGCUGCCAAAGGGUUGGACGGGCGAUCCGGACGCGGAUCCGAAUGAGAUACUGGGUGUAGUCAUGGCGGAAGCGGCGACAUUUAGUAGUGGGUUGGGUAUCUACUAUGAACCGGAUUCUUACUUGAACCUUAUGCAGAGUUCGGGUGUGUCGUCGGUGCAGCCUGGUCAGCGCGCACCAGAUGUUAAGUUGCGGAAACCUGCCACGUUCGAAUUUACGCGACUGCAAACCGAGACACCGAAUACGGCCACGUUCUAUGUUGUGCUUUUCGCUGGGGAGGUCGCGCGCACGAAAAUUGCUUUGGGAUCGUUUACGGCAGCGAUCGAGAAGCUCUCUUGGCUGAGUGAUUCAGACGCUCCUGUAUCAUGCUUUUCUAUCAUCGCAGGACCAGGUGGGCCGUCAGCGUAUGAGACAUUGGGUGGUUUGCCUUUUGGUCGUGUGUUUUAUGAUGAAGAUUGUAGUGCGCAUUUGAGGUACGGUGUUGCAGCUGAGAAGGGGGCUGUGGUGGUGUUGCGACCCGAUGGGUGGGUGGGUACGAUUGUGGAACUAGGUGAGAGUGCGGGGGAGAAAUUGUUGAGGUAUUUUGGGCAGUUUUUGGUUGCUGCUGUGAGGAACAACAAGGCUGGGGCGAAGUUGUAA